CUUGUGUUUGCAUCCUGUUCACUUCACAGAUCCAUUGAUACCCAGCAUCCACAUCGUGGUGAAACUCGGCAUCUGAGGCUGCACUAAACUAGAGAAGGAAGUAGUUAUCCUAAAAAAAAAAGAAAGGGAAACGAGCCUCUUACUUGCAGAUCUUGAUGGAUUAAAACCUUAAUGUAGUCAUCCACAUUUCUCGUGGUUUUAGCUGUGGCAAGUUUAUUUUCUCAUUCAGAAUGUGAGUGUAAAAGGAAAUACAGUAAAUACACCAUUGUUUAUCGCUGUUACCAACCAGAAAUACAUUAACAAUGAUUUUACAUGUUAUAUUUUGCAUAAGUCUGAACAUCUGUGUUGUCUUUCCAUUGCCGAACUAAACUUUCUAAGUCGUUAAAGCUUAAGUUAAACCUGCAUUUUCUUUCUGGUGUCUUUUUUGCACAUUAAGCCGUUGUUCCCACGGUUCCUCUGGUGUUGAGAUGCCCUCUACGUGCCUGCUUCCCUCCUUGUGUAAACACGUUCAUUCCAGUUUAAAACACAACUCAUUUGGUUUCAGUCCACCGUCACUUGACCCCUUUCUCUCUCUCUCUCUUUCUCUUUCUCUCUCUCUCUCUCUCUCUCUCUCUCUCUCUCUCCGAGUCAUCUUUUCCCAGAAGUGUGCGUUUAGAGCGAUAAAAGACCGGGCUGCACUCACAGCUCGACCGAAUCCCGUCUCUCUCGCUGGAGGAAUAAAACCACUGGCCGGUCGAGCACGGACCCGGUGUGCUGGACUUUUUGUUUGGGUUUGAAAUCCAACAGAGAAAGCGUUCUCAUUCAAAUCUGAAGUCCAACGAAAGCUUUGAGGGCACAUUAGCAUGGACGCCCCAGAGGAGGACGACUACUUCUUCUACCACGAAAACAUCAGCCUCAACCUCAGCUACGAUGACUACCCGGCCCUCUGCGAGAAGGGCGACGUCCGCUCCUUCGCCGCCGCCUUCCUCCCCGCCGUGUACGCCGCCUGCCUGGCGGUGGGCCUGGCGGGAAACGGCUUGGUCGUGGCGGUCUACGCCUGCCACAAACGCCUGCGCACCGUGACGGACGCCUUCCUGACCCACCUGGCCGUGGCCGACCUGCUGCUGCUCUGCACGCUGCCCUUCAGGGCGGCCGACGCGGCGCGGGGCUGGCAGCUGGGCGGGGUCGCCUGCAAGGUCGUGUCGGCCUGCUACUCGGUCAACUUCACCUGCUGCAUGCUGCUGCUGGCCUGCAUCAGCCUGGACCGCCACGUGGCGCUGGCCGGGGGCCGCGGCGCCGGGCGGGGCCGGUGGCUGCGGCGGGCCAUCGCCCGGCGCCACUGCUGGAAGCUGUGCUCGGCGGUGUGGGCCACGGCGCUGGUCCUGGGCCUCCGCGAUUUGAUCCUCUCGGAGGUCAGGUGGCUGUCCGACCGCAGCGUCUGCCUGGCCGUCUACCCGCCGUCGAUGGGCCGGUGGGGGAAGGCCGCCCUGGAGGUGGCGGAGGUGCUGCUGGGCUUCCUGCUCCCGCUCCUGGUCAUGGCGGUCUGUUACUGGAGCGUGGGCCGGGCCCUGCGGGGCCUCCCCGCCGACGUCGGCGGCAAGAAGCGCAGAGCGGUGCGCGUCCUGCUGACCGUCGUGGGGGUGUUCGUGGUCACUCAGCUGCCGUACAACGCAGUGAAGCUCUACCGGGCGAUGGACUCCGUCUACGUGCUGGUGACCCACUGUGUGACGAGCAAAGUGCUGGACAAGGCGGCCCAGGUGACGGAGAGCUUGGCCCUGACCCACUGCUGCCUCAACCCCGUCCUCUACGCCUUCGUGGGCUCGUCCUUCAGGCGGCACUUGAUCAAAGUGGCCAAAAAGGUCAGCCAGAGGAGACGAAAGCAGAGGAGGAGGAGGAGGGAGGAGGAGGAGGAUCCCGCGCAGGACGGGGAGAUGGAGAUGUCAUUUAACUCCCACGGCGGAUCCCAAGAGACAAACACAUUCUCCAUAUGAGAAGUAGUGAAAGGUCCCAGUAAAAGGGAAUUGUUUGGGCAGUUUCAGUUUGAGCAGCAGUUGAGGAAAUCGCUGAAAUUGCACCCUUCUGUUAAAACUUUAAUGCCCCCCAUAUCAGGAGGUUGGUGGUUGAACCCGUGUUUACUUUCAAGGACCAAAGACAUGUACGUUUGUUUCUAUUGAUGAAUGCGAAAUACAGUUGUGUUUCUGUUUGGAGUGAUACACAUGACACACAUUGGGACCUCAUGAACCUCCUCUUUUUACAACACACAGGUACAAAAUAACUCUAAGAAAAAGAGACAUGUCUAUAAACGAAUGAAUACGCUGGAACUUUAUUCUUUGUAAUGCUUUGUAAUAUUAAGAUAUUUCCUGUUAGGAAAAUAAAUCCUGAUUUCCUUAAAGUUACACAUCUGGACAGUUUACAAACCAGAUGUUGUAUGAAAACACGGCUGCAUAAAUACUAAGGGAUUUUUUUUUUUUAAUUCUUGAACUAUCUACUUUCUCACAAUGUAUUCCUUUCAGAAAUUCCU